UUUAGUUUUAGAUUAGAGAUUCGCGUGCGUGUUUCCUCGUUGAUGAUCCAAAGCCCGAUUCUUCUCAAAACCUCCUGCAGCCAAUCACCACCGCUAGGCUCCGGCAUCGGCGCCGGCAAUCACGGUGUUUCUAUCGACCACCGAAAGUUUUAUGCAACAGACAUGAACCCACAAGAUCGUUGAGUUCUAUUGUAGAAGAUUGUCUUGCAUGUAUGUGCGUAAGGAACUAUUAUAAUUAAUGGAGUUGGCAGAUCUUACGGUUAUCCAGAACGAUAGGGUUCGGGUGAAGAGGAAAACCUUAGAGGCGGUGCUUCAGCAAUGCCAGCAGGCUCUCGAACAACUUGCCUCUGGCUGCAAUGACGAUGAAGAUGAUGAUGAUGAAAAUGUUGAUGGCCAACUUGAUGUUCCGGAAGAUUCUGCGGGGCCCUCCUCUGUUCCUGCCAGUUGUGAUACUGAUACAUCCGAGUUUUACGACCUUUUGAAAUCGAGAGUUGAAGGUCCCGAUUUCCUCAAGAAACUAGAAGAUGCCCAGGCAUCUCUUCCAGAAAACAUUGCUGAAGAAGGCAGUUCUUGGGACAUGAUCAGUGAGAAUGACCUUUGGGAAGGCGGAAACGUAGAGGCGGACCCAGACGAUUAUGUUUUAGUCGGCGAAGAAGAUAUAAUGGAUGGCAUUGCUUCUUUCAUGGCUGCAUACUUGUUAUCCCUUAAACAGACUAAGGAUUUGACACCAAACCAACUUCAAGCAGCUCUGAGCAAGACAUUCUCUAUGAAGAAGAAGAAGGGUAAGCUUCAGAAAGCUUGGGAUGGAAGCAAAGUAAUUUACAACGUAGCUUCUUGGGGAGCUACAGCCAUUGGAAUAUAUCAGAAUCCCGCCCUUUUUAGAGCUGCCUCGACGGCGUUUUGGACUUCGUGCCAUGUUAUCUCCAAGCUCUUUUAAGCUCCAUUUCUGCUUCUUCAGGCCAAAAAAAAAAAAAAAAGCAAAACCCACGUCUUCUGUUUAUAUGCUUCUGUUAUAUAUAUCUAUUUAUAUAUAUUAUUGCAUCUGUUUGUGCUAUAUUUAAUUUAUUUUUAAAGUUUUUCCGACGUGUAAAUAAUAUUUAUUUUUUUCAGUUGUCUGUACGUGUAACACGUGUAUGCCUUCUCCACCUGGCGAUUCUAUUCAAGUUAUAUUUUCUCCUGA